UACUGAAUGCCAAAUAUCUUACGAUUCUAUGAAGCAGCUCCAGGCUCAGAGGACUGCCUUCUUACUCAUCGAGAUCUACAACAAUGUCUUCUGAUCAAAGGAACCGCCCUCCAAGAAGUAACAGAAAGGGAAGCUGUUGUUUACAAAAAGGGAAAUUUUAUCAGCUGUCACGGAUGUCUGGGAAUCCUACCUGUUAGUGCUUUUGUCAAUGGCGAACAGAAGAUAGUCGAGCUGCUUUUGCUCAUAAGUCAUUGCGAGUCAGUGGGCAAGCUGAAAGAUGCGGAGAUAUUUCGAAUCUCAGAUCUGGACGCUAGAGUUCUAAACGUGCCUGGAACUUCAAGAUACGAUCAAAUUCCAGGAUUAAGACAGACAGUUUUAACAACUAAAGGAUUUUUCACAGGCGGAAAGUCCUACUUUUGCGUUAAAAGAGCUGGAUCUGCUAGUGAAAUGUGUAUACAUCUUUCCCAGCAGCAACAGUUCAAGUACCAGCACUCAAAUGACCAGAAUGCAGCUUCUCACGCUUUGAAAUUUGUCUGGAAUCGUGGCAUGUUUAACAGGUUCAAUCAAUUUGAAGUUAGUGAUAAAUGGACAUUCAAAGUCAUUUGCGGCGGCGUAUCGAUGAAAAGUGUUAACAUACAGGGCGAGUAUGCUCAGCUGUGUGUGGUGUAUAGACAAAGCUGCGAGAGGGCGGGAACUCGAUUUUUGACUCGAGGAGUCGAUGAAAAUGGACAUGUUGCAAACUUCGUUGAGUCCGAAAUGAUUAUUAGUUGCAAUGACAAAUUGACAUCAUAUGUGAUGACAAGAGGAUCCAUUCCGUUGUUUUGGGAUCAGCCUGGAAUCCAAGUUGGAGCUCACAAAACGCGAUUUACAAGAGAAUACGCAUUUAGUUCUGCGGCAUUCCUGAAGCACAUGUACUUUAUGAAGAAACAGUACGAAAGAUUCGCAAUUGUAGAUCUACUAGGUGUAAACAGGGGCUCGGAAGAUACGUUGUCUAAGGCGUUUGCAAGUUAUUUGCAGCGAUUCCCUCUGACUAAAGCAGUUCCAUUUGUCCAUUUUGACUUCCACGCUGAAUGUCCAGCGUCAGACCAGGAACGUCGAAGAGCAGGAUUGCAGAAACUGCAUAACUUGCUGCAGAAUACAGUGUUAGGCGGCGUUGGUGGCUUCGGCUUUUUCUACUGUGACGACAAUGGCGCCCAAAACUCGGUUCGGAAUCAGCUUGGAGUGUAUAGAGUAAACUGCCUCGAUUGUCUGGACCGAACUAAUAUGGUUCAGGGAUUCAUCGCUGAGCGUGUUUUACCAGCAAUGCUUUCGGCGGUGUUUGGAAAUCAAGUUCAGCUCGCUAAGGAAAAGAUUUCUUUGCUUUUACCAGACAUGAUUAAACUAUGCGGAGACGAAGUUAGUAAAAUGUAUGCUGGAACUGGCGCAUUAAACGCGGACGAUAGAACGGGGAAACUUUUCGAUGCAGGUAAAAGUGCUGCUAGAACAUUUCAGAACAAUUUCUUCGACGAAGCCAAGCAACAGUCUUUUGAUUUGGUUCGAAACACGCUAUUCUCAGAUCAUCCGGUGUAUCAGAAAGCAAGGAUGCUUUGCAGUGAUACAGACAUAAAUGUGCCCUUCAAACUGAGAGAACUGAUAUGCGAUAACCAAAUGACGUUUACAGAGUUAGAAAAUAUUAGAGUGUGCAUUGGAACAUGGAAUGUGAACGGGGGAAAACAGUUUCAAAAAGAUGAAACGAAGGAUGAAACCGAUAUUUCUCUGUGGCUUUUCAACGCGCCUUCAGAAUCUCUUAAGCAGUUCCCUCCUGUUAAUGGUUAUGUCGCAGAAGGCGCCGAUUUCAACCAAAAUCCAGAUAUCUAUGCAAUUGGGUUCCAAGAAAUUGUAGACCUAGAUUUGAAAAAUAUGAUCUCAACAAGUCAUAUAACAGCAGAUGAAUGGCAUGAUAAACUAUCCCAAUUGUUUUGUCCAAAAGGAUAUUCUAGUGUUCUUAAAGGUUGUCAAUUAGUAGGUGUUUGUUUGUUUGUUUUUGUGAAAAACAAACACGUGCCCUAUAUAAAGGCGAUCGCCAGUCAGACUUUGAAAACUGGAAUGAAAGGAGCGGCUGGCAAUAAAGGUGGAGUUGCGAUUCGGUUCCAGCUGCACGCUACUUCAAUGUGUUUCGUGUGUUCUCACUUCGCAGCUGGACAGUCAAAUUUCGCAGAAAGAAACGCAGAUUUUCACUCACUUGCGUCCAGAUUUAAGUUUCCCCCCAUCAACCAGUCUUUGAAUGACCAUGACUAUGUGUUUUGGUGUGGAGAUUUCAACUACAGAAUAGACAUGGAAAAUGCGCUGACUAGAAAUUACAUUGAAAUGUGCCAGUGGCCGAAACUGUUGGAAAACGACCAGUUGACAUUGCAAAGAAGUGAAGAAAAUGUGUUUGAUGGUUACACGGAAGGCCCAGUGCUGUUCCCCCCAACGUAUAAAUAUGAUCUCCUGACUGACGAGUAUGAUUCGAGCGAGAAGUGUAGAACGCCUGCAUGGACUGACAGGGUUUUGUGGAAGAGGAGACAUGCGUUCUUCUACUUACCACAGGAGUACUGGCCCAAAGAUUUACAAUGGCCUGCAGGAGACCUCAUCUACUAUGGUCGGGCGGAGGUGAAGAGUUCAGACCACAGACCUGUGGUGGCCUACGUGGACAUACAGGUUCAGAGAGUGGACCAUGAGAGGAGGAGUCAGGUGAUUUCCAACCUCAUCCUCGAUAUAGGACCCCCCAACGGGGCUGUGCAUGUCAAACUGGUGGACUUGGCUGCACAGAACUGGGUGCAUAUGAGUAGUGAGUGGAGAGUACACUUGGAGCACUACUUGGCCGAGUACACUGAGGGGGGAGUGGUUGUGGGCAGCAGACAGGUGGGGGCAGACAUGGCCAGAAUCCUGUUCAGAGACCCUUCUCACGCAGUCAAAGCAGUCGCCCUCUCAGGACACAGAAUCACCACGUCUAUCGAAAUGCGGGUCGAGUUUGCUACUCGAGAUUUCGUCUCCGCCUACUCAUCCGAGUUAGACAGGCUCGAAACUGCGACCCAGGUAGAUGCAGAAAUUGCGGACCAGGUUGCCCAAAUAUUACCCAAAGAACAGCCAGUUCCAAUUGCAACACCUCUAAUUUCAUUCACACCUUUUCCCUCUCAACAAGCCACUGCUGUUUCUGAUGCAUCGGCGAUGCAGACUUCGAAUAGUGUAGUGAAACAAGCUCCGCCGAAAAGACCACCUCCCCCUAAAAAGAUACCCACAAGCCAUUCGACGGGGAAUCUGAACUCGAAUGCUGCUAAUUACCCAGGUAUGCCUGGGUCUUUUGUCGAACAGGCACCACUACUGGGGACUCCAUCAAAUGCUAUAGGCGAGAAGUCUCAGUCGUUUUUAAAUGUAGCCGAGCGAAAAAUCUCAACAGGAAGCGAGGUCGCUUCGAGUCAAUAUACCUCAUCACAAGGUCCUGACGUAAACUUCGACGUAACCUUCGACGUAAACAGUAAUUGCAGUUCGACAGUUGGAAGCUCCGAGAACGUAAACGUGAAUAACUUUCCUGCACCUCCCUCGAAUUGUAACAGUUACAUGGACUUGUCAGAUCCGCCAGCAGGACUACAAAGGAACCCUUCUUUGAACCAGAACAUUUCUCAUUAUAGCCAAGUUGUAGGAGAUAUAAGUCAGACGUCCAUAAAAUCAAACAAUAACUCAAACUGUUUCGAAAAGAAUUUAUUUAGCGAUGCUUAUUGUAGUGACGCAAUGAUUAACAGUGGAUCAGUUGGCUCUAACUGUGAUAAUGUUAAUCUAGUUAACGGUACUAGUGCAAAAACGAAACCCCAGAAUAUUGGUAAGGUGCCACCCCCAUUGCCGCCAAAAUCGGAUAAGAACAAAAAACCUAUACCCUUCAUGGUGCAAAAAUAACAGUAGUGAACUUAGAAGUUGCAACUUUCACUCAAAUUCUUUCCUGCAUUUUAUAUCGUAAAUAUCAAAAUUAUGAAUUGAUAGUUUUAAAGAUUUUUCUUUAUGAAAACCUACAUUACUGUCUUGUAAACGGCCUAAGUAUUAUAUUGAAGUGUAAUCGAUUUAGAUGUAUGGACGUUGGGAUUUAUCAAAGUAUCCCAUUAAACUUACUUAAAAUUGGUGCUUCCAAAAAUUUUCAGUUUCCAAGUUUCACCUUAGAAUUCAGUUUUUUAGACUUCCCUGCAAGAUGCUGUGAAUGAUAUAUUAAUUUAGAAAAUGCUUACAUAUGUUUGAAAAUACGUUUUGAAACAAAAUCUCCUGAGAAGUUUUGUUAAAUAGAGCUCAACUGUCAAUUUAUCCUAACAUAUUAGAUAUGUUUAGUAUAUCAGUAAUUUAUUCCUAAACUGUAUUUCACUAUAGUUAGUGUGCAAUUCCAAUUAUCUAUCAUUGUCAGGGAGCGGAAAAAAUUAAAUUUUUUGUCGCCAACAAAAAAGAAAGAAAAGUGGGUACAAAAACCUUCAAUUUUUUUAA